GGAGUGGGGGUUAGGGGAUCAGGGCAGAUUCCAGGGGGCUGGGGGGGAAUGAAGGCAUGUGGGGUCAUGUGAUUGUGGGGUCAUGUGACACGAGCCACGAGAAAGGACAAGAAGCUGAGGAGGGAGUAGAACUGCAGGAAGGGGACGGUAGCACCGCGGACGAGCAGACUGCCGUGGCUAUCGCCAGUGUCCAGCAAGCGGCGUUCGCCGACCAUAACAUCCAGUACCAGUUUCGCACAGAGAACAAGGGAGGACAGGUGACGUAUCGCGUGGUCCAGGUGACGGACAGUCAGCUGGAUGGACAGACCGAUGCUGCUGGGGCCGUCAGCGUUGUCUCGACUGCCGCCUUCACUGGAGGGCAGCAGGCCGUGGCCCAGGCCGUGAUCCAGAACCCGUUCAGCAAUGGCGGGAGCCCAGCGGGUGACGGGGUCAGUGGGGAGGCUCGCUUCGCCUACUUCCCCGCCUCCUCCGUGGGCGACACCACCGCUGUGUCCGUUCAGACCACCGACCAAUCCCUGGCACAGGCUGGAGGGCAGUUCUACGUGAUGAUGACGCCCCAGGACGUGCUGCAGACGGGGACGCAGCGAACCAUCGCCCCCCGCACCCACCCCUACUCCCCGAAGAUGGACGGGACACGGACGCCUCGUGACGAGAGGCGACGAGCGCAGCACAACGAAGUGGAGCGGCGGCGGCGGGACAAGAUCAACAACUGGAUUGUGCAGCUAUCCAAGAUCAUCCCUGAUUGCAAUGCCGACAACAGCAAGACAGGCGCGAGCAAGGGUGGGAUCCUGUCCAAGGCUUGCGACUACAUCCGGGAGCUGCGACAGACGAACCAGCGCAUGCAGGAGACCUUCAAGGAGGCCGAGCGGCUGCAGAUGGACAACGACCUCCUCCGGCAACAGAUCGAAGAGCUGAAGAACGAGAACUCACUGCUGCGGGCUCAGCUCCAACAGCAUGGCAUCGAGGUCGUGGGCGACACCCCGGGGCAGUAACCCUUUCCUCCCCUCCCCACCCUUGCAGGGGGGGGGGACAUAUCCUGCCCCCACCCCUUCCCCACCUGGGCCGACACCCCCCUCCCUGUAUUUUUUUUUUCUUUUAUAUGUAUAAAUAUAUAUAUAGUAGAUUUUUAACUCAGCCCCCACCUCUGUGUGUGUCCCCUGCCCCCACUGUGACUUCGAAAAUUGCCCCCUAGAGGGGAAAAUCAUUGCCCCACCCCCAUUAAAAAUGCCCCUCCCUCUUACCCCGUUCAGGAUCCUCAAGGCGGGGCCCUGGGCCUCUGUUUCCUCUGGGGCAAACAGGGAUGCAUCUGGCUUUGGGGUGGAACAAGUAGGGGAAAGCCACACAGGAUGCUGCAGGGAGACAGCAGAGAUGCAGCUGGCUCUAGGGUGGACCAGGUAGGGAACAGCCACAUAGAACAGUGCGUGGAGAAAGCAGAGAUACAGCUGGCUCUGGGGUGGACCAGGGAACAGCCACAUAUAACAGUGCACAGAGACAGCAGAGAUGUGGCUGUCUCUGGGGUGGGCCAGGUAGGAAACGGCCACACACACCGGCGUGCACACACAUAUUUUGAUUAUCCAAUACGUACAGCACAAUAUGUAAUAUUUUUAAGCUUGUUAGUGACCAGGAUUGAGCUGAAAAUCAACCAAUCAUCCCUUUCUCCCCCCAAAAUGGCUAGCUACUUUUUUUCCUCUAGUAGCCCAUCCCAGUGGGCUCCUUGUUAUUUCUCUGGAACUAAUUAUUUUCUUGGACUUCUAACAAUUUGCUUCUGCCUAUUAACCAGUUCCUCUGAGCUGCUAAUUUUUUUACAAAUGAUUUGCUUUUGGCUACUCAUUUCCCUGUGGCUACUAACAAAUCCCCUGGGCUACCAAAUCAUGUCUCCUGGGCUAAUGAUUUGCUUUUGGCUGUUCGUUAUCUGCUUUUCGACACUAUUUAUUUUAUGCUGGCUGCUCCUUUUUUUGCCCUUGCCUAGUACAGAUUUGUUGACUCAGUUUCCCUGGGACUGCUCAUGGUUGCCUGUGGGUUACUAAUUAUCUUUUGUGGGCUACUAAUUAUUUCUAGCAAGGAUUUCUGUUGGCGCCAGUUAUUUGCUUGGGGCUAGCCACCCCUUGUGCUGUUUGGCUUCUACGUCCAUGGUGACUAUGGGGGUAUUCCCCCAUGGCCAGCAAUAAUCUUGUGGCUACUAACUAAUUGCUUUGGGCUACUAAUUAUUCCCAUGACCCUUGACCCCCUCCAGAGCCAUCCCAAGUGGCCGAUCAAACUGAAGUCCGCCCCAGACCCUGGCUACUGCAUAUGUCCCCUGUGGCUACCAGCUCUUCCCAGAGGGCUAGUGAGUUUUCCCCUUUCCCGGUGUGUCCAAACCUCCCCUGUUUUCAGGGGUGUGAUGAAUUCUCCUUUUCUUUUUAUUUUCAACCCAAAUUUAGAACAUUUCAGGCAUGUUUGAGGAGGGACAGAAAGGGGAAAACUUGAGCCAAGGGGUAGGGGGAAAGGAAGAGAUUAUUAACCGAUUUCCUGGGGUUUUCCCCAAAUAUUAUGAAUGAAAAUAAGGACUUUAUAACAAUUUGCCAAUUUCUCCUUUUUUUCCCCCAUAAAAAGUAUCCCAGGGGGGCGGGGUAGAGAAAGAUCGAGAAUUUUAUAAUGGUCAAUUUCCCUGUCGUCAUCGUGUCCA